AUGUUCGUUACAAUUUAUUUGACAAUUACUGGAGGAUGCGAUGAGAGAGAAGGAGUACUGAGGCCAUCAAAUACCAUGGAUGAAUCAUAUUCCAUUGCUUUCAUAGGAGAUGACAUGAGUUUCACAGCUAACGAAGUAUGGGGAAUCCUACGUGGAUUGGAAACCAUGUUACAACACAUAUACAGUGAUGACUGUGGUGCAAAAAUCAUAAGAAAAUUCAUAGUGCAAGAUUCACCCAGAUUUCCACAUCGUGGACUCAUGCUCGACACAUCGAAACAUUUCCUCACCAUUGGAGAAAUCCACAAGUUCAUUGAUGCAAUGGCCAUGGUGAAAAUGAAUGUUCUACACUGGCACAUCACAGACACUGAAUCAUUCCCAUACGUCUCCUCCACAUAUCCAGAACUUUCAGACAAGGGUGCAUAUCAUCCUGAGGUUUAUGUGUAUCAGCGUAAUGAGAUAGUUGAUCUACUGGAGUAUUCGCGUCUUCGUGGAAUUCGAAUAAUCCCGGAGUUCGAUACACCAGCACAUACACAGUCAUGGGGAAAUGGCUAUCCUGAUGUACUCACUCCCUGUCACACUCAUGACAAAGAAGAAAAUCAGAUACUCGGUCCUGUCAAUCCAACCAAUCUCACCUUCAUUGAAAAUUUGUACCAUGAAAUUCUCAGUGUAUUUUCUGCUGACAACCACAUUCAUUUGGGUGGUGAUGAUGUGGAUUUCACAUGCUGGCAGUCCAAUCCCGACAUCACAAAUUUCAUGCAGGAGAAACAAUUCGACACUGACUACUCACAGUUGGAAAACUACUACAUGGAACAACUUGUAGAAAUUGUCAAAUCGUCAUCGUUGGAAUCUGGUACUGCAAUGGUUCCGAUUGUUUGGCAGGAUGUAUAUGACAAUGGAUUUCGUAGUGACAAGGAAGUGAUUGUUCAAGUGCACAAAUCUGAAGGAUGGAAGAAGAGUGUUGAGGAGAUCACGGAAGCGGGAUUCAAAGUUCUCAUAUCGUCGUGUUGGAAUUUCAGUGAUGUGGGUGUCGGAGAUGAUUGGCGAGCGUUCUACGAGUGUGGUCCUUGGAUUUCGAAGGUAAUUCCGAGUUGUAUCAAUUGUAGUUCAGAGAAAUCGACACUGGUAAUUGGAGGAGAAGGUGUGAUUCCCGGCGACUACGUGGAUGAUGUGAACCUGAUGUUGGUUUCAUGGCCUCACGCUGCUGCAAUAGCUGAACAACUCUGGUCUCAAGAGAGAACGAGCACAGACGAUUUCGGUGGCCGCCUGAGUGAACUUCGUUGUCGAAUGAGAAGACUAAAUUGGAAUGUCCAACCAGUCAAUGGAGCAGGAUUCUGUCCAGCCUGA